GCCCUGCCCUCGUUCCAGUUUCUGUGUGUGACAUCAUGGCCGGCCCCAAUCUCGAGGUAUUCAAAUUUGCUGUCUACGUAUUCUUCCCUGUGCUUGUAUUCCUGCACUAUGGAGAUCCAGAAUGGUACAACUCGAAUGUACUCCCGUACAAGGAGAGAAUAUUCCCUUCGGAAGAGAAGACCACGCGCAACUUACCCACCCACCAUCUUACGGUGCGAGAGGAGCUCGAGCGUAUAAAGGCGCAGAAGGCCGCACGCAGAGUUCAGAGAGACAGAGCAGAAGGACGCGUUGUAGAAGAGCCUGUUACGGGGGCACAGGGGACAGAAAGGUUGGUCUAG